AUGGAGCCGGGAGAAGAGAACGAUACGGGUCUCCAGUUCCGCACGCAGCUGCCUGACUUGAAGUUGCUCCCGGUCAACUACGAUGCACCGCCCACCGAGAGCGAUUCCUUCAUGUCACCUCGCGCGGCAAGCGUGGAGGCAGAGAUGCUGAAGCGUACCGAGAUCCUGAUCGAGCAGGACGGUAACGGCAAGAAGAAGAUCAAGGGCGGCACCAUCUUUUCUAUUGUAAACUACUUCCUGACCGACAAGGACGCCGCUGAGAGCGAUCUUCGGUUCUUCCCCGAGGAGAAGGAAAUGGACGCUGCCCAGCUGCAGCGCCAGAGAGAGGCGGUGAUCAAGUUCUUGCUCGAUUGGAUCGACAUGGAAAAGUUCGCUAAUCCACUGUGGAAGGACAUGCACCGAUUCCUCAAGCAGCUCGAACCAUUCCCCACAUUUUCCAAGCAUCUCGUCCAAAAGGUGAAGGAGAAAAGCGAACAGGGCAACGACGGCAUUUUCUUUGGUGACGCGGACUACCGGGGUGUGGUGUGGUCCAUCACCCAGACGCUGUUUCCUCGGUCGCUUGUUCCCGGCCAGUUCAAGUUCAUCGAUCUCCACCCGACGGAAGUGGUGGCGUGCCUCACGAUGACCGAGUUCAACCUUUUCAGAAACAUCCGACUUCGAGAGUUCCUGGAUAAGACCUGGCUCACCGAGCAGAUGAGCUCUCUCGUCUAUGUUAUGGUGUCGUCUCCUUCUCUCGUCGAUGAAGCAGCGUGGUACUUUGGAUACAAGGUGAACCGAUUCAACUUCGUGGCCUUCUGGGUGGCGACGGAGAUCUGUUCCACGCCGGUUCUUGCCACACGGCGAACUGUGCUUGAGCGCUUCAUCACCAUCGCCGACGGGUGCUGGCAAAUGAACAACUUCAACUCGUCGAUGGAGAUCUUGGCCGGCCUCUCGAUGGGACCCGUGUCGCGAUUGAAGCACACGUGGGGGGGUAUUUCGACGGCGGCUUUGGACAUGUUCAAGCGUCUUGAGAACGAAAUGAAGCCCACCAAGAACUAUCAACUCUAUCGUGAGAAGAUGCACAAGCUCAAGAAGGAGAAUAUUCCUCUCCUCCCGUGGCUAGGUCUCAUCCUCAAGGACAUUACCUUCAUGGACGAGAAUCCUGACCACCUCGACAACGGUCUCAUCAACUUCGAAAAGGUGGGCCUACUGGGUAACCUCAUCACUGAGGUCGAGUGGUUCCAGAGUCAAACCUUUUCGCUCCAAGAGGUUGAGGAGCCAAUCGUGAAUUUCCUCAACAACUUGAACCUGAAGAACGAGGACGAACUGUACAAAAUAUCGCUCGCUCAUGAACCCCGCGGCUCGUAA